AGAGGCGUGGGGUUCCUUUGGCUGCACUCGUGGCGCCUCCAUUCUCCACACACUGUAUGCGAUUCGCUGCCUUGUGAAUUUCCUCUGAGAGUUUUCAAAUCCGACACAACCUGCUCGUUGCCACAUCGGAUGGUCUAUCCAUCUUCUUCCCCCAUCCGCAUCCGAUCCGAUUGCGCACAUCAGAUCAGAUCGCAUUGAUUUUUGUUUGUUUAACCACCGCUACUAUCUUUCACUUUGUCUGUCACCACAUUGAUUUAUCACUGCAAGUGCCACAGUUGUUUACUCACUCACGCCCACACCCCACGGACUGGGAUAAAAUUAAAACAGUCGACGAGAAAUCGCUACUUACACUCUAUAAUCGCAUCUCACGCUUUCGUUGCUCUAGUGUCGAUAACCGUACGGUGCAAAUCAAAUUCCCACAACGAGGAAAUUCACGGAGCAAAGUAGUAUAUCUAUCUAUCUAUCAUGGCGAGGGGAAGCGCCGGCGGCAUCGGAAGUAGAGGCAAUAAAGAGAAUAGUAAAGCUGGGGCUUUCUUUAUGGCCACUUUGCUGUUAUGGGGAAUCUCAGUUAUUUUUGAAAUUCUUUUCAACAAGCGGACCGAGCUAGCUCCGAUUCUUAUUGGAUCCGUUUUCUUCCAAACAGCCAACGUCGUCGUUCGGAAUUUUGUAUCACACGAUCCCCUCUUCGUUAACACCUGCGUCUCUCUCCUCCAUUCCUCCAUCACCUCUGUCUCUGUGGUUCUUAUAUUGCUGAAUCAGUUGGUAAAAGGUGGUGUUAAUCAGAUGUUUGAGCAUUCUGAAUUGGUUGAGGUUACUUGGCCAUGGGCAUACCAGGCUCUGUGCUUUUCGUGUGGUUACUUUGCUUAUGAUCAGUGGGACAUGUUGCAGUAUCGGUUAUACAGUGGUUGGAUCCCCUCAAUCCUAGUGCAUCACUUAGUGCUCCUGCUUUGCUUUACUCUAGCAUUAUAUCGCAAGGUCACAAUCAAUUAUCUCAUCCUCACUCUCAUUUGUGAGCUGCAUUCUAUUUUCCUUCAUAUUCGAAAAGUCCGACGGAUGGCUGGUGUUCGAGAUUCUAGGAGCAAAAUUGUGAAGGCAGAAUGGGGUCUCAACUGGGUGGCCUUCAUCUUUGCAAGGCUCCUCGCCCACAUACUCAUCACCGUCAAGCUGAUCAGAGAUGCUCACAAGUUUGGGAAGGGUGUCGAGCUCCCACUUGCUUUCUUCGGAAUGGCUGGAAUGAAUCUGCUAAAUAUCUUCCUUGGAAUUGACCUCUUUAAAGCUUAUGGGAGAGAGCGAGUACGAGCACGAGACCCGAAAUCUCAGGAGGAUCACCGUAGCCAUCAACAAUGACAUGCUCGUAGUUUGCUGGGCCAUUUUUUCAUUCUUUGUACGAUCCUGUUGUAGAUCACGCCCCCAACAUGCAUGCUACAUGGCAUAUACAUGGCAUGGUUAAGAGAAGUAAAAAGAAAGACGUUGUGAAGUAAUUGAGACAUGUAUUGAGAUAAUGGCUUUGUUUAUUAUUUAUUUAUUUAUUAUGCAA